AAGAAGAAGAAGGAAAAAGAAGAAAGCAGAAAACGUAGAAGACAUUAUUUUGUUUGCUCUCCGUUUGCUGUUUGUUUCUUUAAAUGUAAACUUUUAGUUUCUGCUGUGGUAUCGCAUCAUUCUAUUACGUAUAUAGAAUGAUAUAGCUUUGGAGCAUGGGUUUGCCAGCAGUGAAGGUUAGGUUAGCUACUUAGCCAUCUAGCAAUCGCUCCUUUGUUGCCUGACAACCGAUGGAAACCGAAAACAAAGCGAGAAACUAAAACUAGCGAACAAACACGAUGGCUGACGAAGAAAGCCGAGGUCCGGGAGCAGCUUUCCAGGUGUUCGUGUUGAUGGAAUCUCUGCUGGAAAAACUCAAGAUCCUGGGAUACGAGAAGGUUCUGGACAAACACAACAUGAAGAAUCUGUCCCGGCAUUACUUUGUCUCCAGUCCUUAUUUGGCAUCCAACCCUGGAGAACAGUUCUUCAUGUUCACCAUCCUUGCAGCGUGGCUCAUCAAUGUGGCAGGAAGACCGUUCACAGAGCCUCAGGAGCAUGACGAACCCAACGCCAUAGUGUCCGAUAUCCUGGCAGAGCUCCGGGCCUUUGGUGUUAAGGUGGACUUUCCUCCUUCCAAACUUAUGUCUGGAUCAGGUGAGUAUGUCUGCUUUGUGUUGGACCGAUUGGCCGAUCAAGCUCUGAGGAGGCGGGGCUUUAAUCUUAAAAGGCCAAACUAUCCGACAGAAACCACAGAAGAAGAAUCUGUAAUGGAGGAUGACACAGAUCUCACAUUGGGCAACGUGGAGGACGAGAUUACCGAGGAGGUUGAUGUGGAGGAGGAGGAGAAUGUAAUAGACCUGGAGGCUCUAAAGUUACGGAGCUCUCACGCUGAAGUGGAGCCGUCCUCCAAACCGGAUGCCAUUCUGGAGUCGACUGUAGAUGCGUCGGAGUGGUACCUGGAGCUGGAGCGAGUCCUGCCGCAGCUCAAAGUCACCAUCAGGAUGGACAAUAAGGACUGGAGGACUCAUUUGGACCAGAUGCAUCAGCACAGAGACGGGAUCUCAUCGUCGCUCUCGGAGGCCAAGGGUUGCCUGGACAAACUGCAGGAGGACAUCGGAAAGACUUUGGAGAAGGUCAGCAGCAGAGAGAAAUAUCUCAACAACCAGCUGGAGCCGCUGAUCCAAGACUACCGCAGUGCUCAUGCCAGACUCAGUGAGGCCAAAGAGCGCUACAGGGAAGCCAGUGGAGGGGUGACUGAGAGAACCAGAGUCCUGGCAGAGAUCAGUGAGAAUCUGGAGAAGGUGAAGCAGGAGAUGGAGGAAAAAGGGCAAAGCAUGUCUGAUGGAGGUCCGGUGGUGAGGAUCAAGCAGACGUUGACCAGGUUAAAGCAGGAGAUCGUUCAGAUGGAUGUCUGGACGGCCUUCAUCCAGCACAGACUGCUGCGAUUUAAGCUCAACCAGAAGUCCGACAUGGCACGGGACAUGUUCGCCACAGACGUCCCCGAGCUCGCCACCUCGCAUCUCGUUUAGCUGCAUCUCGAUGGCUGCGGCCCGAUCCGACCCGACCCUGCAGGGUUUUCAUUCCAGCUUGAGUUACAGUUUCUUUGCUCUUCACAAACAUUAUAAUUGCAGCAGCUUUUCAUCUGUAAUUGUUCUGAUUUCAGCUCAGUUUUGCAACUUCAUCCUUUUUGGCAUCAUCACAUUUAAUAAAGCUCAAGUUUCUGUUUAAUCUCAAACCUAUAAAAUGUCUAAAUUAAAAACAAAAUA